GCCGCUGCAGCUGCUGGAGUUUCCGAAUGAAAGUUGAGCGUUUAUCUGUCUACAGACAGAUAACGUAUCCUUAAUUUUACAGUUAACAUUAAACGGAGGAGUUCAGAUUCUUUCUUAAGCGGGACCAAGUCAGGGAAAACACUCCCCGUCCUCCUCCUCCGCCCUCCAGCCCGGAGUCGGACUCAGCGGAGAUGAUCCGGUUGCAGGCCACAGCAACCGGAGCCCGCAUGGAUUUUCUGUAAUCAGCAGAGUUUGCAGAGCCCGUCCGGGGAUAACCGCAUCGUUUCGGGGUUAACUAGAAGAAUUCGGAGCCAUGAACAGCCACCCGCCGCCCCGCAGGGUCGCUAACGUCGGCUCCCUCCUCCUGACCCCGCAGGAGAACGAGUGCCUGUUCGGCUACCUGGGCAGGAAAUGCGCCACUCUGUGUUCGGCGGUGGUCCAGGUGUACGGGGCCGAGCGGAGCGCCUGCUGGGCGAAGAGAUGCUGCGGAGUGGCCUGUCUGGUCAAAGACAACCCGCAGAGAUCCUACUUCAUCAGAGUGUUUGACAUCAAGGAAGGGAAAACCAUGUUCGAGCAGGAACUGUAUCACAACUUCUCCAUCAGCAGCUCCAGAUCCUACUUCAUCUCGUUUGCAGGAGACACCUGUCAGAUCGGUCUGAAUUUCGCUAGCGAAGAAGAAGCCAAAAGAUUCAGAGUUGCCAUCAACGACCUGCUCAACCGACGGCAGCGCAAGACCGAGAAAAGAGGUGACCCUAAAAAUGGUCCAGCUCUGCCCAUGGCCACAGUGGACAUCAAGAACCCGGAGAUCAACAACGUGAGAUUCCACAACUCCCACAGCCACCAGCAGCCGUACCACCUCAACAACAUGCUGAGCCACAGCGGCCUGAACCGCAAGGACAAGAAGACCAAAGGCAAGAAGAAGAAGCUGACCAAGGCCGACAUCGGCACGCCCAGCAACUUCCAGCACAUCGGUCACGUGGGCUGGGAUCCAAACACAGGUUUUGAUCUCAACAACCUGGAUCCUGAACUGAAGAACCUGUUCGACAUGUGCGGCAUCUCGGAGGCGCAGCUGAAGGACCGAGAGACGUCCAAGGUCAUCUACGACUUCAUCGAGAAGAAGGGAGGGGUGGAGGCGGUGAAGAACGAGCUGAGGAGGCAGGCACCCCCUCCUCCUCCUUCCCGUGGCGGACCUCCUCCUCCUCCUCCCCCACCCCACCACGCCUCAGCUCCACCUCCUCCUCCGCCCCCAUCCAGAGGAGGCCGGGGAGCCCCUCCUCCCCCUCCUCCGUCCAGAGCACCCGCCUCAGCUCCUCCUCCCCCGCCUCCCUCCCGACCAGGAACUCUGGGUGCUCCGCCUCCCCCGCCGCCUCCCACCAGAGGAGGUCACCAGCCCCCUCCUCCUCCCCACCAUCACCACCAUCACCAGGCUCCACCUCCUCCUCCUGCACACUGUUCCAUUGCCCCCCAAGCUCCACCCCCUCCGCCUCCCCCACUGUCCCAGCAGUCUCCAGUCGGCGGCGGCGGCUCCGCCCCUGCUCCACCUCCCCCACCUCCUCCUCCACCUCCCCCGCCCGGCCCUCCUCCCCCUCCAGAGCUGGACAGCGGAGGCGGAGACUCGCCUCAUUCGCCGAGCCCAGGCGGGAAGUCGGCGCUGCUGGAGCAGAUCAGGGGAGGGACCCAGCUGAAGAAGGUGGAGCAGAACAACCGAGCGCCGGCCUCCAGCACCGGCCGAGACGCUCUGCUGGACCAGAUCCGACAGGGGAUCCAGCUCAAGACCGUGUCGGAUCACCCGGAGUCCGGCCCCCCGACGCCGGCUCCCACCGCGGGCAUCGUCGGCGCUCUCAUGGAAGUGAUGCAGAAGAGGAGCAAAGCCAUCCAUUCCUCAGACGAAGACGAGGAUGAUGACGAAGACGAGGACUUUGAGGACGACGACGAGUGGGACGACUAGUGACGACUCUCCUGUCCUCAACCCAGGUCCCCCACCCCCCACCCUCACCCCUCCUGCACCUAUCUCUGACACUAAAAUAUCUUCUAAAAAUCUUCCAGAAUCUGACUAAAAUUGAAAUGUAAAUGUUGUAUGAAUUUGCUGUAUAUUUAUUUUUCUUUAUUUUCUUUUUUUUGUUUUUGCUCUUUGGGUUUUUUAUGAUUAUGAUCAUUAAUCUGUGCAAUACCUCAUCCGUUAAAUCUGCACCCUCGUCA